UCUAGUAUAGAUAAUCACAUAAUAAAGCAACGUGGAAGUUGCAUAAGCAUGAACGUUAUUACAUGUCCAAGUCUAGUAUAGUUAAUCACAUAAUAGAGAUACAUGGAAGUUGCAGUAGCAUGAGCUAGUAUCACCUGUCCCAGUCUAGUACUCUAGUAUAUAAUCACAUAAUAAAGAGACAUGGAAGAUGCAGAAGUACGAACAAGUAGGUUCAAAAAUAGUGCCACAGCAACUAGCAAGUGAUCACCAUACCUCCAACUCCGCAACCAUGCAAGAAGCAUCCGUUCUCCUCAUGCUCAUCGUCUUCCAUGCAAUGGCGAUAUCAACCACCACCUCUGAACCUGCAAUUUCAUUGCCAGGCUGCCCUGGCAAGUGCGGAAAUGUAUCCAUCCCUUACCCAUUUGGCAUCGGCGCUGGUUGUUCUGCGACCAGCCUGAGCAGCUACUUCACCAUCACCUGCAACGACACCUUCCAGCCACCACGGCCUAUGGUUAGAGACCUCCUAUCAGAAACAGAGGUCAUCGACAUCUCCCUGGAGCGUGGCGAGGUGCGCGUUUACGGUCCAGUCAGUUACAUCUGUUUCUCAUCAAACACCACCAUACCAGAGAACCAUACCACAGGGUUCACCCUGGAGGGUACGCCGUUCGUCCCUUCCACCACCCGCAACCGCUUCAUGGCCAUCGGAUGCCAUACCCUCGGCAUCAUUGGUGGCUACAUGCACAGCAACUCUAAUCUAUAUGUGGCUGGCUGCUACUCCUACUGCCAGAGCAUCAACAGCACAUCCAACGGUGCUCCCUGCACUGGGAUGGGCUGCUGCGAGACCACCAUCAUCCCAGACCUGAAGGACUUCGCAGCGAUCUUGGUGAUGAACCAGAGCGCGGUGUGGGAAUUCAACCCAUGCUUCUACGCCAUGCUUGUGGAGGCCGGAUGGUACAGCUUCAGGCAGCAAGACCUCGUUGGGCACCUCAGGUUUGUCAAUGGGAGGGCCAACAGAGGUGUUCCUGUCAUCCAUGACUGGGCCAUCAGGAAUGGCUCCUGCCCAGAGGGGAAGAAGGUGCCCAAAGACUAUGCCUGUGUCAGUUCAAACAGCAAGUGUGUGCAAGCAAGUAAUAGCCAAGGGUACCUGUGCAAAUGCUCUGAAGGAUAUGAAGGGAAUCCUUAUCUUCCCAAAGGCUGUCAAGACAUAGAUGAGUGCAAGUUGCGUAAGGAGGAUCCCAAGUAUAAAGAGCUAUAUCCCUGCAGACAUGGGAUGUGCCAGAACAUACCAGGAAACUAUUUGUGCAAAUGCGGGGUAGGUAAAAGGCCAGAUGGAACAAACUAUGGAUGUCAAACUGUGCUUAACCAAGUUGAACGAGUGAUAGCAGGUCUCAGUGUUUCCGCAGUUGUGCUGAUGGCUUUGAUAUGCUUGCUGGUCAUGAAAUUACAAAGAAGAAAAUAUAGGAAAGAAAAGGAGGAGUAUUUCAAACAAAAUGGAGGUCUUAGACUAUUUGAUGAGAUGAGGUCAAGACAAGUUGACACCAUUCUUAUACUUACAGAGAAGGAAAUCAAGAAAGCAACAGAGAACUAUAGCGAUGAUCGAGUUCUAGGAUGUGGUGGUCAUGGAAUGGUCUACAGAGGAACUUUGGAUGGUGACAAAGAAGUUGCCAUAAAGAAGUCCAAAGUAAUUGACGAUGACUGCCGAGAAGAAUUCGUCAAUGAGAUAAUAAUAUUGUCACAAAUUAAUCAUAGGAACAUUGUGAGGUUACUUGGUUGCUGUUUGGAGGUAGAUGUACCGAUGUUGGUGUAUGAGUUCGUUUCCAACGGAACCCUCUCUGAGUUCCUUCAUGGCAAUGAUCACCGAACACCAAUCCCACUGGAUCUUCGACUGAAUAUUGCUACACAAUCAGCAGAGGCUCUUGCUUACAUUCAUUCAUCAACGUCUCGCACAAUUCUGCAUGGGGAUGUUAAAUCACUCAAUAUCCUACUGGAUGAUGAAUAUAAUGCAAAAGUUGCAGACUUUGGAGCAUCAACACUGAAAUCCAUGGAUAGAAAUGAUUUUAUCAUGUUCAUCCAAGGAACUCUUGGGUACCUUGACCCUGAGACUUUUGUCAGUCACCAUCUUACUGACAAAAGCGAUACCUACAGUUUCGGAGUUGUUCUUUUAGAGAUCAUGACCAGAAAGAAGGCUCUGUACAAUGAUACUUUGAAUGGAAAUGAGGCGUUAUCUCAUAUUUUCCCCUUGAUGUUCCACCAGAAAAGGCACUGUGAUAUGUUGGAUUUUGACAUGAUAGACGAGAAAGUUAUGGUAGUACUGCAGAAACUAGCUGAACUCGCCAUGCAUUGCCUGAACCCAAGAGGAGAUGAUAGACCAACGAUGAAAGAAGUUGCAGAGCGCCUACAAAUGUUGAGGAGACUCCACAUGCAGCUUGUCUCAAAAUCGAGUCCUACCAGAGUUUCUUGCUCGUAUGAAGGAUCAUCAAUGCGUAUUCCAUCAGACCCGAUGAAAUACCAGAGCAUGGAGACAGCCAAGCUGGUACUGGAUGCAGAUAUUGCAAGAUGAGAACAGUAUAUUCCUUUCAUCGAGUAGAGUAAUAAGUUUCUUCUGGUGUUGCAAGGUCACUCUUUAUGUAUAUUAAUUCUUUCUUAUGGCUAACACAGCUGUAGUAUGUAGAAUGUAUAAUUGCACAUCAAUUCUCAUCAACUAUGACGUACUAUGCGAAGUGAUGUUUUCAGUCAUAAUGAUGAACUAUUAAAAAUAGAACAUUUUGAUUUUUUUUCACUAUCUGUUAAUCAGA